UGGGCCCUGAACGCAGCACCAGUCCGGUUCCUGCGGGAGCUCCGCUCCACUUCUUGCAACGAUCCGGACUCCAUGUUGUUCCGACAGCCACGGAGCUAACAAGUGCCCUGGCCGAAAACUCUCACGUUGCAACUCUCUGUGUGUGUAUGUGUGUGUGUAAGAAGUUGUUGAGUGUGUGUGUGUGAACGUGUGAGAGUCUUGACCCUCCGAAAGAAGAUGGCAGACUACCGGGAGGACACCGGGGCGAGAGCCUUGCUUGCUCUACAGUCAGCACCGUGCAGUCCCGUGCGUGUCGCGAUGACCUCGCGCAUAUAUCACCAGGGCUCGUUCGCCCUCCAGGCUCCUUCGAUGAUGGAAGCCCGCACGGACGGCGGUAUUCUGCCCGUGCGCCUCGCUGGUACUCCUCCACAGGCCCUCGCCAGGCUAGAGGGCCGGGACUUUGAGUUUGUCAUGCGCCAGAGGACGGUCACCAUAGGCCGGAACUCGUCCCACGGCCCAGUGGACAUCAACAUGGGCCACUCGAGCUUUAUUUCACGGCGACACCUGCAGGUCAUUUACGACGACGAAAUUGGUUUCUCCCUGCGGUGCCUGGGCAAGAAUGGCGUGUUCGUUGACGGGGUGUUCCAGCGGAGAGGGGCGCCGCCACUGCCGCUACCCAGAGAGUGUGUGUUUCGUUUUCCCAGUACGGUCAUCAAAAUCCAGUUCAUGUCACUCCUGGACAUUGAGGACCACAGAGAGAAAGAGCAGCCUUCUCCUCCCCGGCGUCCGCUUCUGCCCCACAUUUCUCCUCUUAAAAUCAGCAUUCCCACCAUGCAGCAGCAUGAAGAGCACAUCCGGGCGUUUGGCUCUCCGCUGCCCUCGCCCACAGGCACCAUCAGUGUCCCUAACUCCUGUCCAGCCAGUCCACGCGGGGCAGGGUCAUCAGGGUAUCGCUAUGGACGCAACGUGACCCCUGACCUCCAGUUAGCUGCUGAAUUUGCUGCCAAGGCCGUUUCUGAGAGACGAAGCAUUGUCGAGCAGAGAGGUGGGGGGAGUGAGCAGCGGGCGGAAUCUGCUGGUGGAGACAGUCCCAAGGAUGAGUCCAAGCCGCCGUACUCCUAUGCACAGCUCAUCGUCCAGGCCAUCUCUUCUGCCCCAGACAAACAGCUGACUCUUAGUGGCAUUUAUGCCCACAUCACUAAACACUACCCCUACUAUCGCACUGCAGACAAGGGCUGGCAGAAUUCAAUCAGACACAACUUGUCCCUCAACCGCUACUUCCUGAAAGUGGCCCGCUCUCAGGAUGAACCUGGGAAAGGGAGUUUUUGGCGAGUGGAUUCUGCCUCUGAGAGCAAGUUAGUGGAGCAGGCCUUCAGGAAAAGACGGCAAAGGGGAGUUGCUUGCUUUAGGACGCCAUUCGGACCUCUCUCUUCUAGAAGUGCCCCUGCAUCCCCGACGCACCAGGGGCUUCUUUCUCCUCCAUCCAGUGGGCUCCAGACUCCUGAAUGUAUGAGCAGGGAGGGCUCUCCUAUCCCCCACGACCACCACGAACAGCUGGCAAACAAACUGGCAUCUGUACCAGAGUAUAGGUACUCUCAGAGUGCCCCAGGUUCACCCGUCAGUGCUCAGCAUGUCAUCAUGGCUGCACCCCCUCACCCAUCGAUCCUGCCCUCAGGACCGGGAAAAACACUUGCUUUGGUUCCAGGUGGCAUCAGCCAACUCCAGCCCAUCCACUUGCUCCAGAACCCCUCUCAGCCUGCACUCACCAUGAUGCGGGUGGUUACCAGUGUCCCUCCACUUUCCAACCCUCCAAAUGGUUACAGCACCCUUUCUGUUGGAGGAGCAGAAAGCAACAGUGAGCCCCGAGAAGCCCAGCUGAACAGAGAGGGAGUGAUCCAGACUGUGGACAGUGCGGUCCAGGGCGCAGACGGACGGAACCUGGCUCCAGGUUUACAUCAACUUCCUGUUCGGCCCAUCACUCAAAAUGGCAAACACACCACUGCUGCUGUUGCCACAGCAACCAGCCUUGCUAAUGCAUCUGGCUUGAACAGUGCUCUCCAGAUCUUGGCGGCUCAGGCCUCCAGCUCCCCGCCCGUGCUCGUGAACAGACAGCCCAGUGCAGAAAUGUUGGCCGAGCACCCGGGUGCACCCCAGGCCAAGCGGCCAAGGAUGGAGGAUGAUUGUGAAAGUGAAUCCGCUCAGCAACAAGUCACAUCUGCCCAGCAGCCUGUCAUUGUCGCCUUUACAUCACAAAGCCAUGACCCCAGGAAGUAAAAAAAACAAACAAAAAAAAAAACCCCAUGCCUCGUCAUUAGGUACCCAACGGACAGCCUCCCGUAACUGUUCUCCCCUUUUAUACUCAUUCAACAUGACUGCGGCCGACACGGCCAAACAAAUGUACAAGCAGCCUCUUUUCACAGAAGGGAAUGAAAUUGUAAGGUCAACAAUAGAUGAAAACUUUUACAUACAUUCUGAAUUUAAAUGCAGGUAAAUCUUUCAGGGCUUUUUCUGCUUCAGUCUUUCUUUUUUAAAUGUAAUCGUUCACUGACAGGUUAAGGACGCGGAGCUUAUGAGAGCAUUAUGCAUAAUAAAAUCAUUUCAGCACUA